GCGAUCCGCUGCAGCUUGGCCGGGAGACGGCGCGACCCGGCGGCGGGGCCACCGGCGAGUCCAGCGCCGCCUCAGCCCCCCAAUGCGGCCCGCGAGAAGCAGCGGGGGGGGGGGGCCGGCGAUCGAAGGAGCCUUCACAUAAAUGGGUCCAGUCAUGCCUCCCAGUAAGAAGCCAGAAAGCUCAGGAAUUAGUGUCUCCAGUGGGCUGAGUCAGUGUUACCGGGACAGUGGUUUCUCCAAGGCCCUGCAGGAGGACGAUGACCUUGACUUCUCUUUGCCUGACAUCCGAUUAGAAGAGGGGGCCAUGGAAGAUGAAGAGCUGACCAAUCUGAACUGGCUUCACGAGAGCAAGAACUUGCUGAAGAGCUUCGGGGAGUCAGUCCUCAGGAGUGUCAGCCCUGUCCAGGACCUGGACGAUGACACCCCUCCAUCCCCUGCCCACUCUGACAUGCCCUACGAUGCCAGGCAGAACCCCAACUGCAAACCCCCCUACUCCUUUAGCUGCCUCAUAUUUAUGGCCAUUGAGGACUCUCCAACCAAGCGCCUGCCAGUAAAGGAUAUCUACAACUGGAUCUUGGAACAUUUUCCGUAUUUUGCAAACGCACCUACUGGGUGGAAAAACUCAGUGAGACAUAAUUUGUCUUUGAAUAAGUGUUUUAAGAAAGUGGACAAGGAGAGGAGUCAGAGCAUUGGGAAAGGGUCAUUGUGGUGCAUAGACCCAGAGUAUAGACAAAAUCUAAUUCAGGCUUUGAAAAAGACACCUUACCACCCAUACUCACACGUGUUCAAUACACCUCCUGCCUCUCCUCAGGCAUAUCAAAGCACAUCAGGUCCACCCAUCUGGCCGGGCAGUACCUUCUUCAAGAGAAAUGGAGCCCUUCUGCAAGUUCCUCCAGGAGUGAUACAAAAUGGAGCACGGGUUCUGAGCCGCGGGCUGUUUCCUGGAGUUCGGCCUUUGCCAAUCACUCCCAUUGGAAUGACGGCAGCUGUGAGGAACGGCCUGGGUGGCUGCCGGCUGCGGACUGAGAGCGAGCCGUCGUGCGGCUCCCCGGUGGUCAGCGGCGACCCCAAGGAGGACCACAACUACAGCAGUGCCAAGUCGUCCAACGCCAGGAGCACCUCGCCGGCCAGCGACUCGGUCUCCUCCUCCUCGGCCGACGACCACUAUGAGUUCGCCCCCAAGGGGAGCCAGGAGGGCAGCGAGGGCAGCGAGGGCAGCUUCCAGAGCCACGAGAGCCACAGCGACACGGAGGAGGACGACCGCAAACACAGCCCCAAGGAGGCCAAGGACGCCCUGGGGGACAGCGGCUACGCGGCCCAGCACAAGAAGCGCCAGCACUUCGCCAAGGCCCGGAAGGUGCCCAGCGACACGCUGCCCCUCAAAAAGAGACGCACGGAGAAGCCCCCCGAGAGCGACGACGAGGAGAUGAAAGAGGCGGCGGGCUCGCUCCUGCACUUGGCAGGGAUUCGGUCCUGUUUGAAUAACAUCACCAAUCGGACGGCAAAGGGGCAGAAAGAGCAAAAGGAAACCACAAAAAAUUAAAAACAAGUCACUGAUUUGUUUUGAACUUUCGGCCAUUUGGUUUUAGCAUGUCAGGAGAUUUCUAAUGAUUUGUGGCAAUAUCAGCAAUUUUUUUUUCUUCUUUCUUUUUUUUUUUUUGGUUUGGUUUUCUUUCUUUUCUUUCCUUUUUUUUUUUUUUUUUUAAUUUGCCCCUCCUUUGUUUUGGACCCUUAAGAAUUUUAUUUUUAAAGGAGAUUGAAGCCAUAGAACUCAUAUUGACACUCAGCUGUUUUACAAAAGCUUUUCAUUAUCUGAAGACAAAACCGAAAAAGCCAAAAUUACCAUUGCUUCCUCCAGCUUUGUCAGAAACACGUGGCUGAAUCCGCAGGGAUGCCAACGGUCAUGCCACGGGAACACACAUUCAGCACCUAGAAGGCACGUGUGCAAAGUAAUCAUCGAUCAGGCCCAACCCUUAGGUUUAAAAGGUCAGGAUGGCCCCCCAGUUGGGGCCACUGAGUGAAUGCGUAUAAGGCGACUGGGGACAAGGAAGAACCCUGGUCCCCUGGGAGCAGACCCAGGCUCGUAGUGCGGGGCGUCCAGCUGUGCCAGGAAAACUCUUGGCCUUGCCAUGGGUGUCAUUGCCAUGAAGUGUGCAGGGGUGGGUGGACAGAGUGGGGGGCGUUCUCCAGUCCUUUGUGCUUCUUCGCUGUAAAGCCUAGUAGCAUCUUAGGAGGGGGACAUACUGGACCACUCCUUUUACACCAGGUGUCAAUGACUAAUGAGAAGAAACUGGGUCAAUUUUUAGUGAUGUUGCUCAUCAUUGAAUUUUGUUCUGUAUUGAGAGAAUGUUCCACAAGCCAUAAGCCUGAAGGUUGGCCCUGCACACAUAUACACACACACACAUGAGAGAGAGAGAGAGAACUGAUGCAGAAAACAAGCUAUGUCUUCUUAACUGCCCAAGUGAAUAUCAAGUCCAGGAAAGUACAGUAGCUGUUAAGGAAGAAAAUAAUGGUACAGGUCUUUUUCUGUCUGUCAAAACUAUUUGAUCCGAGUGAGAAAACAAAAAGCUACAGAACCUGCCAUUAGUAUUGUGGUGUAUUUCUAAAAGAUGAAAGGCAGAUUGAUGGACAAAGAAAAGUAAAAACAUGGCAAAAGAAUACAAAAACAAAAAAGUCCUAUACUGCCCUCAAAAUGGAGUUUGCAAUUAAUAUCAGGAUUCAUCUUUGCAAAAUCAGUGAAUUCCACGUUCAGCCAGUGUAGCCAGCAGAAAUUUCUGAUCCACAAUGCAUGGAUUCCUUUUAAAAAAGAAAAAAAAGAAAAAAAGACAAAAAAGGAAAAAAAAAUCACAAAACACAAACUUUUUUUUAUUCAAAAAUAACAAAGUUCUUGUAAGGUAAAUAAUGUAUUUAGCAUGAAGCAUGAAUUAUUUUCAUAUAAAUAUAGAAAAUAGAGAAAAGGCUAUGCCUCUAAUUUUUAAGCCCUUAGGCUUAGACUUUCUUUUGGUUUUCUCUUUUUUUUUUUUCUUUCUUUCUUUCAUUUUUUUUCUGUUGUUUUGGUUUUUUUUUUUCCCAAU